GUGGUUGCAGUUGCUGUGAAAUUGUGUCUUUCGUUUUCGUUUCUUCACCUGAAACUGAAUUGAUGUUGUUAUAGUGGUUAGAUUAAAGAAACAUGGCGGGCCUGGAGGUGUUAUAUACCUGUGUCGGUGGCAGCAUUAGCUGUCCACAGGACGCCGUUGUGUGUUUCGUUCACUGGGAAAUGAUAAAGAGCGGAUACAGGUGCAUCGGGUCCGGAGACGAGCCUCGCAGCAGUGAUAAGAAGUCCGAGCUGCUGCCUGCUGACUGGAGCAGCAACAAGGAAUUGUACAGUCUGCGAUAUAAAGCCAAAGACAGCGACACCCAGCUGCUGCUCAAAGCCAUCGCUGUCGACUCCACCUUGAUCUUCAACCUGAUGACCCCAGGCACACAGCAGGUGUCAGACUUGACAGUGAACAUCAGUGAUCAUGUGGAUGCUGACCAGUUACACACAUUUGACAGUGUGUUCAAGGAUGCAGACAGUCUGUCAGAGAAGGUGAAGACUCAGCUGCUGCCAUCCCAGGACAGACCGACAGGACAGAGGGCAGAGAGGAAGAGUCGGAGGGAGGUGGAAGAGGAGGCUGAGCAGAGACGAAGAAGAGAGGACAGCGACCCCCUCCGCAUCCCCAGCAGACAGCCACCACACUGGCACGACCCCAUGAUUCCUCCGUUUGCAGCUGGAGGAGCAGAUCUGGAUCCCUUCGGGACUCGCGGCGGUGGUGGCAUGAUAGUCGACCCGUUGAGGUCGGGGUAUCCUCGCUCUGGCUUUGAUCCAUCAAGUGGGAUACCAGACAUCCUGCCUCCUGGAGCUGUUCCCCCGGGGGCUCGCUUCGACCCGUUUGGACCCGUCGGACGACACAGACCAGGGCCGGAUCCGGACCAUAUGCCCCCGCCUGGCUACGACGACAUGUUCAUGUAAUACCUGCUUUCCUACUUCCUGUUUUACUACUCACAACAACAUCCUGCCCUCCAGCCAAUAGGAAGCCAGGAGGAGUUCUCAUCUUCUUUAUCUCGUCGAGGAUUUGAUCUGAUUUAGUGGUCCCAAAGUAAUAAUGUUUGCCUUUACAUUUUCUCCUGUUUUUGAAAAAGAGGGUUUGUUUUCUAAUCGUUGGUUUCAUGUAACUAAUGUACAACACAUGUAUAUAACUUAUGUCGACAUACCCGCCUCCAUGUGUUAAAAUCAACGCAUUAGUGGGUUUUUUCCUCUGCUUCCUAAAAGAUCGAAGUCAGUUUAGAUUCUUGUAGUCCCAUUAAACUGCAACUUAUAAUUUAUUCAGAAUAAAGGAAAAGUCACUGAAUUUCUCUUGUGGAUGAAUUAGAAAAAAUAAAACAUAAUUCUUUAGAGUUGUUUUUGUUUGGAUUGUUGUUGAUUUAACAACAUGGUUGAUAAAUUGUGUCACACCAAAAUAAAAAUCUGAGACUUUA